AUGCUUUUGAACACACCAUCAACAACAAACAUCGACAACGAAAACGACCUGCAACCUGACACAUUCCUGAUAUCUGAUGCUAUACGCAAAGAGAAUACGUCUCAACGGCAGAAAAUGGCCUGGCGCGACAUAUUGCUGAUCAGCCACAGCAAGGCAUCCGCUGAGCGAGUGACGCGGCGAUACCUCGAAGACAUCAAUUCUGCUUCUUGCCUAAUCCACCUGGAUAAAGCACUUGAUCAACUGCUGGAUGGUAUCAAAGAUGUCGAGAAGAUCUUCUCAAACUAUGCAACGACCAAUCCUAGCGGCAAACGCGUGUGGAACAGAGGCAGCUUUGCUAGAUACAUUAACGCCAGGCUACCUGAAAACCCAGCAGCGACUACCUGCGUACCACUACUCUGGUGCACUUUCUCUAUCGGCGCCUACUUUCCUUUCUCGGCACCGUCAAACGAACGGGAAAUCGAUGUCAAAGCGUUCAGGAGAGCAUUUGCAUUCAUUGUUUUACGUGGUUAUGAGCUUUUAGGAGCCAAGUCAAAUGGCCAGCCUUUUUCCACAAUCACAGAAAAGUUCUACACCGACAAGGUGCCGCGACUCACACGUAUCGUCUACAGGAGCUUGAGCACUCCUUGGCGGCAAUCAGGGACCCAGUCUCAGGAUCCCCAGGAAUCGCUCCAGCUUCAAGAUAUCAAAGAUACUAUUGCUUUUACGCAACCCAUUAUCAAGGCGAAUAUGCACCAUGGACGAGCUACGGUAGCCGAUGGGGAGUUUGAAGCCGCUGCAUAUCGCCUUCUACUUGCGGACAACAAGCGGUCGACAGUCAGAGGGUCGUCUAUUGCACCUUCAUUCAUCUUCUCUUUCUUCCAGCUCUGGGCUACCAUAUUCACACUUACUACCGCACCGCAAGCUCCUCGUGCUGAGGGCAAGUGCCCUCUCUUAAUCAGCACCACAAACAUUCUAUCCUUCCUGAAUGUUGCCCACUUCCUUAGUGGAAAACUGCCAAAUUACCGCUUUCAUCACAAUGAGUCCCUAUUCCAGCUUGAUCUGCAAGCCUCCACUUUGGUGGCCAAUCUCGCCACGACGCCUGAGCUUAGUGUCGAGGAACUGCACAAGGUCAUAGCGGCGCAGGACUGGUUCCACGUGAUGCUUAUCCGGGGAGAGGAUCUGAAAGUCGAGGGGAAGAGCUCUAGUAGGCUCAUCGUAGCUUUCACGAGUCCGCCGGAGAAGGAGAUGUGGCGACCAGAGAGGAAGCGCUCAAUGCAAUACAUCUGGCGGACUUCUGUGGCUCAAUUGGAGCCAGAUCUUACUGUGGCGGAUAACGGAGGCAUGAGUGCGAGUGUCAUGGGCGAAGUACUGGCAUUACGAUCACACGGAGGGGCAGGAAAAGAAGACACAAGUAUGAAAGUCGAUUUGGCGGGGAAAAUAGUUAACGUUACGGGGCUCGGUACUGGGCUUGCGGACAAUGCGGAAAGUAAGAAUGCGGUGGGAUCGUCCGAAGCUACAUCGACGUUGGUAAUGCGGCUGACCAACUUGAAAUGUUAUCGGAUGCCUGGUAUGUCGUCGAAAAUUACCAGGUCGGGAUGA